AUGCGUCUUCUCUCCAUCCCAUGCCAGGCCCUUGUAGCAUUCCUGACUCUUGGACCAGUUUCGGCUCGAGUUCUCACGAAGCGCGACAGCCCUGUCCUUCCAGGGCUCUGGGCCGACCCCAACAUUGCCGUUGUCAACAAUACCUACUAUCUAUUUGUCACUACUGAUGGUUUCGAAGGCUGGGGUGGUAAUGCAUUUUACUGGUGGAAAUCCCCAGACUUAGUCUCAUGGACAAAGAGCGAGGAACCUUUCCUUGUCCUUGAUGGCGAGAACGGAAAUGUGCCAUGGGCAACUGGCAACGCUUGGGCGCCUGGCUUUGCUGCCCGUGAUGGAAAAUAUUACUUUUACCACAGUGGCAACAAUCCUUCUGUCAGCGAUGGUCACAAGAGCAUUGGCGUUGCAGUUGCAGACCAUCCUGAAGGUCCUUGGAAGGCCCAAUCUCAGCCCAUGAUUAAGGGUACUUCAGACGAACCUAUCGUCAGCAACCAGGCCAUCGACCCAGCAGCUUUCCAAGACCCAGAGACCGGAAAGUGGUACAUCUACUGGGGCAACGGUGUUCCUGUCGUUGCCGAGUUGAAUGACGACAUGGUGUCCCUCAAAUCAGGUACAUGGAAGCGUAUUUCCGGACUUGAAGACUUCCGCGAAGGCCUUUUCGUCAACUAUCGUGAGGGAACCUACCACCUGACAUACUCUAUCGAUGACACAGGUUCUGAGAACUACCGUGUCGGGUAUGCGACAGCUGAUAACCCUCUUGGACCCUGGACUUAUCGCGGUGUCAUUCUAAAGAAGGAUGAGUCAAAGGGAAUCCUGGGCACAGGACACAACUCAGUACUGAAUAUCCCAGGAACCGAUGAGUGGUACAUUGCGUACCAUAGGUUCCACAUCCCGGAUGGUGGUGGUUUUAGAAGGGAGACAACCAUUGAUGUAUUACCUAUUGACGAGGAAGCUGGGUUAUUUGGAGAGGUCACACCAACAUUAGAGAGUGUUGAUCCUAGGCCACUACUAUAA